CAUUCGUUCCUUACUCAUUAGUUCCAUGAUUACAAGGUCAUCUCUAGUCGAUUAGGAGUUAUUUCGUCCUAAAUUCUUGAAAUGUGUCGCAGUCUUUAUAAUUUUGAAGAAAAUAAUACAAUUUUAUUACAAACUAUUUGUUCCAGUGCUUUGUCUACUCUUUAUUAUCGUGGUCUUCUUUUGUGAACUUUUUCUAGACUUCAUUGAAGUCAGCUGACGCAUAUAAACAAAGGGCAUGUCAAUAUUCCCUAGUGGUGAAACACAAUUGAAAUAUUUCGUGAUUUAUAACUUUGUUUACCAUCAUAAUGGAUGUAGACGGUUCAUCUUUGCCUGGUGAAAUAGACCAAAAUUUACUGUUACAAUUUAGUUGUAUGAAUACUACGGACCGAGAGGAACUUAUAAACCAAAUGCAGAGGCUAUUAGGGCCCAGCCUCAAUUAUAAUACAGCUAGCUUCUUCUUAGACAUGAGUAAUUGGAAUUUACAAGCAGCAAUAUGUUGUUAUUUAGACUACACAACACCUAAACUACCUUCCAUGUCAUUAAAAGCUGCUGAAAGUCCAACAAGUGCCGUGAGUCCUGGCUCUUGUUUUGAUCAAACAUGGAGCAUUGCUAACACUGGAGUGGAACAAUGGCCCGGUAGCUGCAGGUUGAUACAGGCAGGAGGAGAACCACUUGGUGCUACAUCUGUUUAUGUACCUUCCCUGCCUCCAGGCCAUUCCACUACAGUAACAUUAAAAUUAGUUGCCCCCACAUCCCCUGGCACGCACAGAGGUUAUUUCCAUUUAGUUACUGACAAAGGGGAUCAGAUAGGAGAUACUCUUUGGGUUGAAAUAACAGUAGAGUCUGAGAUGACUAUGGCCUUAGUGGAACAGCUAGCUGCAUUACCCGUCCCUAGCAGUAGAUUGGAAGAUUCUAUGACACAGAUGCCUACACAAGAUGACCAAAUGUGUUGAUAAAGAAACAAUCACAAGUACUGUUUUGUAAACUUUCAUGAAUCUAACAAUUAUGUAGGUUUAUAGUAUACAUGGUCAAUUUGACAUUGCGAUAAUAAGUGAAGUCACAUAUUCGUGUUUACAAUUUACAACUGAUAACAUCAUGGAAAAAAUCAACCACAAAUAAACAAUAUUUUCAUCAGAAAUCCCAGUUUUACCUGUCUGAUAUUUUGUUGUCGCUGAGAGGAAUUCUCUUACAGCCAACCUCAAUAUCUGUCAGUUAGAUUACAAUCAGUUAAAAUGGUUACUUUUGUUGGUUAUCUCUGUUUCUAUAAACUAAGAUUAAAAUACCUUAUCCAUGGUGUUUAGCUAUUGAUCAGACAUUCAGAUAUGAUUACUGUCAUUUGUGUGUUUAAUUUUUGCCAAAGAUGAAGAUAGCACUAUUCAUUAUAUUUAUAAUAAAUAAUGUAGUAUGUCACUUUAACCACUAUUUUCAAUAAACAAUCCCAAUAAUUUUUUUGGAUCUAUCUCAAAAAUUUACCAAUGUGAACAACUUUUUUUGACAUGAUCACAAAAGACUUAUUGUGAUUGUUACAUUCUCGGAAUUGGAUUGAAGUAUGAGAUUAAGAUCGUUUAUUGAAAAUGGUUCUAAAUUACUUUAGGUACUAUAAAUCGGAUGCAAUAAUAUUGAAAAUAAUUAUAGUUGAAAACAUAAGCACUCAAUAUGUUUUUUAAAAACAUAUCAUUACUAGUGUUUAGUGCUAUGAAACACUUCGGCGAAUGCACUUACUAGUUAUGGAAUGUUAAAUCAACAGUAAUAGUUUAUGUAAUUUUUUAUGUUGAGUGGGAUAGAAAAUUUCCAGUUAAAUGUAAGUCAUAGAGACCGGCCGAUAUAGUAGUUAAAGAAACACUUUGUAUCGACAUUUAUUUUGUUCUAAAUUUACACUUUUUAUAUUUAUAUCUAUGGCUCGAAUCAUUUAUUGCAGUGUUAUUAUCAAGAAGAUAUGUAUGUGGUUUCGUUAAGUAAAGCAAUGUCAAAAUGCCCAGUAUAUUAAUUUAUUUUGUAGCUUUUGUUAAAAUUUCCUCUGAAUGAAAAUGUGACAGCUAAACAUCACAAUUGUACACAGUUUCAAAUUCCUAUGCACUUUUUUGUAUACUUCUUGUUCUAUAAUAUAUUUUAAUAAAACAAUGACUACACUAGAAUCUUAGUGUAUAUUAUGGACAAAGUCUGACUAGACUACUAGGAUGAAAUUUACAUUUUCGAAUGUCAACAUGCAAUGAUAUAUCACUUCAGUAUGCCAAAAUCAUGGACUGGAUAUUUAUUUUAUGAAUGCAUAUUUAGAAUUAUAAAAUAAACAGAAGGCUUAAUGAUUUUCAUCUAUAUUGUAAUAAACAUGUAAUGUUAUUUCAAGUGUAAGUUUAUUUUACUAAAAUAACAAUCCUAAUAUUCCACCUGAAAAAAAAAAUACUACACUAAAACUAACCCAUUUCAAUGUGUGUUCUUUUACCAGUACCAAAUUGAGUGCUAGAUGCAAUAAAAAUAUUUCUGUAUAAUUAUUUUACAGAGAAAAAAUAAAGUCUAUUGUAAAAAAAAAUGUCAAAAGCAAUAACACAACAUAUUACAUGAUAUAAUAUGUUGUGUUUUUUCAGUUCCAUUUUCCAGUGGCGUGGCAAGAUUGUGUAUUAGAGCACAUGUUGAACCUAAUAUUGCAAAAACAAUUUUUUUUUACAUGUAAACAGUGGAAUAGCUAAACUAUGUUAAAUCAAUAACUUCAUGAACCACUUGAAAUUAGCUUUUUCUAAGGGAAACAGAAAAAGUGUUUUGAAAUCUAAUAUACCUACUUUCUUCACAUAAUAAAAAUGUUAUUCUCACUACCCUACAUUAUAUUGAAUUCUGUAAAGUACUUAUUUUUUACUUAUUAUAAAGGGUAAGUUUUUGAGCAAACUUAUUUCAGACUUUGUCCAUAACACACAAAUAGGUAUAAGAAUGAGUGAAACAAUGUACAAAAUCCGCUGAGAUGAACUGCAAUAUUGCAUAGCUGUAAGACUACAUACAUAAUGGAUUAUAUAAUUAUGAGUAUGUUAGGUAUUGUUGAAUUUUUACAAAAUGUAUUAGGUAUUAGUGAUUUUAUUAGUUAUAUAUUUUAAGGUUGAAUUGGGGAUUUAUUGUAUUAGCAAUUAUAUAAAGAGAAUAAUAAAUUUUUUAUAGCAAA